AUGGCAGAAUUUGUUAAGGCGCAAAUUAAGGGAGACAAAGUUGUCGUGUUUUUGAAGCCGUCAUGUUCUUUCUGUGUGCUCGCGAAAGAUGUUUUGUCAAAGUAUAAAUUCAAAGGAGGGCGGCUGGAGUUCGUCGACAUAAACGGACGGAGCGACAUGAGCAGCAUACAAGAUUAUCUGCAACAGAUCACUAAUGCGCGAACUGUUCCUCGAGUCUUCAUUGGAGAGAAGUGUAUUGGAGGAGGAAGUGACGUUGAGGGUCUUCACAACUCUGGACAGCUGGAGGGCAUGUUGCAAGCAAUCGGAGCUUUGCAAUAA